GAGCGUCAUCCUCAAUAGAGCAUCACGCCGAGCCUCGAUCUCGCCCAAAACACUCCCAGACAGUGUGACUAAAAUUGAUCACAUUCAUCAUGGCCUCGAAUAACGGACAGUCGAAAUACCCUCCUGUCAAAUUACCUCACCCGUUUUUGGCCUCGUACCAAGUCCGUACUGUAAAAGACGGAACGCCUUCCACGCUUUCUUUGGUUUUCGAUAGCCAACCCUCCAUUUCGAAGCCGCUUCCUCAGGCGCUGCAUCACGAUUCGUUAUCCUGGCUCGAAUUAACAUUCAGUCCAAAGGCCGAACAUCCACCAAUUUCAGACAACAGUGCAUGGGCACGAGCACGCAGAAGUCCUAAGACAUCAUUCCAAUGGUCUGGAAGCAAAUCACCUUCGCUAGGCCAAAUUUGGAACGUCGUUCAUGCCAUAUAUCUCGCACAGCCAACGAAUGAGUAUUUUAGGCUCACCCUGCAUGGUUCGGAUAGCGAUGUCAUUCGCAAUGAGCUUCUGGUCACUGGCCUGGCUGUCCAACACCCCAAGCCAUCACGCACUGCACAAGUGACCAGUGCGCCAACUGACGAGUUAUUGAUUCUCCGAAGUUCUUUCUGGCAAGGAGCUGCGUCUCCAUUUGGACCUCGACCAGUAUGGGUGGUAGGAGAUGGCACGGAUGGUCCCUUGCGGGAUUCGUUGGCUCAGUACCCAAUCAUGCCACAGAAUUACCAAUUUACGAAUAAAUUCCCAGACGAGCCUGUCUACACUCGGCACCCUGUACGCCGGCCCAAGCCUCAUCCCGGAUCGAUUGCCUACAGUCGCUAUAUUCCAGAGCUAGAUGAGCACUUCUCGCUAGAAGUUGUCGAUUGGCAGAACCAGGAGCAUCUGCAGCUUUUCAACACAUGGCAGAAUGACCCUCGUGUUGCACAGGGAUGGAACGAGACCGGAACUCUUGACCAGCACCGUGAAUACUUACGUAAAUUGCACGUCGACCCGCAUGUUCUUUGCUUGUUCGGAAGAUUCAAUGACGCGCGCUUUGCUUACUUCGAGCUUUACUGGGCAAAGGAGGACCACUAUGGAGCACAUUAUGACGCAGGAGACUACGACCGAGGACGCCACUCUCUCGUUGGAGAUGCUUCAUUCCGCGGCUCGAAACGUGUCAAUGCGUGGUACUCGAGCUGCAUCCACUACGUCUUCCUGGAUGACCCACGAACUGACAACGCUGUCGGAGAGCCGAAGGCCACAGGCUCAACCAUCCUUUCCUACGAAAAUUCCCAAGGCCUCACAAUUGGAAAGUAUGUCGACUUCGGCCACAAGAGGUCCGUUCAUUCGAUUGCCAGUCGAGAGAAAUGGUUCCAAUUGUGUCCGCUCUUCUGGGAUGGUCGCAAGCAGCCUCUGGAGUCUGCUGACCGUGCAGCUUGGAACGCGAAAUUGUAGAUGAUUAGAUCAG